UGGUUUUGUUAUUACAGGAAGUGAAGAUGGCGGCUCAGACGCUGCUCACCGAGUCAGUGCUCGGAUGGUCUAUAUUCACUAUAAUACUUUUGGUAAUCUUGGCUUUUUGCUGGGUCUACAUCCGUAAAUUUCAGAGUCGUCAAGAGAGCGAGGCUGUUUCAACCAUCACAGCAAUAUGCGCCCUGGCUGUUGCCUUGAUAACUUCAGCACUUCUUCCCGUAGACAUAUUCCUUGUAUCAUUCAUGAAAUAUCCCAAUGGCACAUAUAAGGAAUGGGCUGCAGAUAAUGUGACGAGGGCCAAAAUUGAGGACUCUGUGCUUUAUGGCUAUUACACCCUCUACUCCAUCAUACUCUUCUGUGUCUUUCUGUGGAUCCCCUUCGUCUACUUCUACUAUGAGGAAAGGGACGAUGACAACACCAACAAAUGUUCUCAAGUAAAAAACGCACUGAAGUACACAAUUGGAUUUGCCAUUGUCUGCAUAGCACUGCUUUUAAUUGGGGCCUUUGUUCCACUUGAGCCUCCACAUCAGAAUACUACCCAAUGGGAGAAGGUGCAGUACCUGUUUGAGGAACUUGGAAGCAGCCAUGGUCUACCUGCGCUGUCAUUCUCUAUCAGCUCCUUGACCUUGAUCGGCAUGUUGGCCGUCAUCACUUACACGGCAUAUGGCAUGUCGAUUCUGCCUUUGAAUCUGAUAAAGGGCACGCGCAGUGUAGCAUACGAGCGCCUGGAGAACACCGAGGACAUGGAUGAUGUGGAGCAGCAGAUAGAAAACCUCAAAUCCAAGUGUAAAGAUGGUCGUCCCUUGUCCUCCCGAGACAGACGGAGCCUUCACGAUUUGGAGGGGAAACUGCAGGUGCUUCGACGCAGGAGCAGACACCUGGAAAUUGCAGAGAGGAACUGCUGCACUAAAGUGGGCAGUGCUCUCAGACCUUUCAAGAUUGUGCUUGGCAUUUUCUUCAUCCUGGUGGCAUUGCUGUUUAUUGUUGCCUUAUUCAUUUCAAAUUUGGAUAAAGCUCUCCACUCUGCAGGCAUCAGCUCUGGGUUUGUAGUCUUUGGCACAAAUCUCACCAAUCCCCUGAACGAACUUCUGUUGGUACUGCAACCUGUUUUCCCAUUAGAUUACAUUCUGAUCACUGUUAUCACCAUGUAUUUCGUGUUCACAUCCAUGGCUGGUAUUCGCAACAUGGGCAUUUGGUUCUUUUGGAUAAGGCUUUACAAAAUCAGACCAAAGCGCACUCGACCCCAAGCUCUGCUCUUCCUUUGUAUGAUUCUCCUAUUGAUCGUUCUGCACACCAGCUACAUGAUCUACAGCUUAGCACCUCAGUACGUCAUGUAUGGCAGCCAGAAGUAUCUUGUAGAGAUGCCCUCUGUGGAUAAUGGUACCUUCAGCACCACGAGGAGCUGUGAUGCAGAUGCGCCUGAGGACCAGUGCACUGUGACCAGAUCUUAUCUCUUCCUGCACAAGUUUUGGUUCUUCAGCACUAUCUACUACUUUGGCAACUGGGCCUUCAUUGUUACCUUCCUGAUCGGCCUGGUGGUCUCCUGCUGUAAAGGGAAAAAGUCUGUGAUAGAAGGUGAGGUGGAGGCAGAUGACUCAGACUUAAGUGAUGACGAAUAUAUCCACUAAAGAGAAGAAAAGGGCUCCCAGACUCUUCUGUGAACUCUGCUCGUCAUCGUUUAGUCUUAAGAAGCCACUCAUUUUUUAAAAGUUUCCUGUCUUCUGAGUUGGAGUGGAAAUGCCCCUCACCUUUAAGAACCUAGCAGACUGAUUGUUUUGUCUUUCAGUCAAUAUUACAGAUGAAAGUGGGAUUCAGGGAGUUUGGUUCAUUUCAGCCCAACCAUGAGAAUUCACUUCCAACAGCUUUGAUUCUGACAAGUUAAUAUUGUUUUUCACACUAAAAUGCCUAUUGCAGCAGACUGGGUGUUUCUGAAUUUUAUUUUUGAACUUCAUACCAAGUUUAGGUGACAUUUUAAACGCACUUUUGAAUUGUUGGUACUGGUACAUACAUUUUCCUUUAUUUUCUUUGAUGAUUUCCAAGUGUAAAAUAUUGAUACCAAAGUGUUGACAGCACUGACAGUUUUCUGUUUAUUUGCAUUUGAGCUUGUUAUUGUGUUGCAUUUCUACAAGUUACUCAGUGGAUCUUAGAAUAAACAGCUAGGACCAACUAUGACACUUUCAAUUUACCGUAUUUCACUGAAUUUUGAGUGGAUUGAUUUAUUGCUCUUACGUAAAUGUAACAAAGUAAUUCAAGUGGGAUUUCAUGUUUAAGAAGUUGCCAGUCAUAAUUAUUGCUGUAACCUGUGUAUAUACAAAGUGAAAACAAAAUGUACCUAAUGAAUGUCAAUGCAACAUGAUGGGCACAAACUGACUGUGAAUCAAUUUGACCAACCAACUCUAGUUAACAUUGUAUAUAUUAAAAAAAAUACAGUUGUAAUUAUUGAAACUGCUACUGAGAUUUGCAUCCUUUGUGGAUAAAUGAGACAUUUAUGCAUGAAGCAUUUCCAAAAAAUAAAACCAAUUUGUAAGUA